AUGCUGUCAAAUAAGCGUAGCUUUAGAGAAUUAGAAGGAAAUCAAGAUAACCUUACACCGAAUAAGCGUAAUCCUUCAGAAGAGCGUGAAGCUUUAGGCGAUAUCGAAUUUGAUAAUAGACCAUCUACGCCUUCAAUUCAUAAUAACGUUGAAGAUUUAUCCAUCUCUGAAGAUAUACAAAAGUGUUUAGAUAUCAUCAAGAAAGGUUUAUCAGAACCUUUAGUUUAUGGACAAACUUGGUACAUUAUUCCAAAAGAUUGGAUCAUUAAUUUAGAAAGUAAAGCAUCAGAGAAUGAAUCUAUUCAAGUUGAUAAAAUAAAUACUUAUAGCUUAACUAAUGGUAAAGAUCUUCUUCCAAAUUUGUCAAUUGGUGAUCAAAUUGAGAUCAUUCCAGAGGAUGUUAAUAUCAAGUUAAAUGAUUGGUUCGGUUAUCAAGGACCUCAAAUUAAAAGAAUCGUUGUAAAAACAUCAGACAUUCCAAAUACUGAAAGAGUUGAAUUAUAUCCACCUACUUUCAGAUUAUUGGCUUUAACUUCACAGAAACCUACUACUUCACCUGUCUCUGAACAAGAGACAACGUUCGAUUUAUCAAUUGAUGCUCCUUUAUCAAUGUUACUGGGUAUGUCAAUAGCAACGUUAUAUCCUGAUUCACUUGUUGAUUCUUCAAAUGUUUCACAAAGGGCACGUUUAUGGCGUAUACCGGAUACAACCAACUCUCCUUUGAAAAUCGAUACUCUUUAUUAUUUACCAAAUACACAAAGAGACUUAAUUGAUACUUCAAAUGGUAGUUUAAAAAUUUAUGAAGCUAUGCUUGAAGAUGGUGGUACAUUUUGCUUAGAAGUCUUAGAUAAAUUUGGUAAUUGGCCGUAUAAUGACUAUGAGCAAAGCGUUUUAGAUCAACCAUUUGGUAAAUCGGGAUUUUUAGAUAGGCUUGAGUCGAAGCAAUCUAGCAAUACGAAAAUGAUGACCCGUUCACAAUCUUCACAAAAAGUUAAAACUAAAGGCUUGGUUGGUUUACAAAAUUUAGGAAAUACUUGCUUUAUGAAUUCUGCAUUACAGUGUUUGAGUAAUACAUCUGAACUCUCAGUUUAUUUCCUUAGUGGAUUAUAUUCAAAAGAGUUGAAUCCGGAUAACCCAUUAGGUAUGUCUGGACAAGUUGCUGAAUCAUUUGGUCAAUUAGUUAAUAAGCUUUGGUAUGGAUCGAGUAAUUCAGUUGCACCACGUGAAUUUAAAUACACUUUAUCAAAAUUCGCCCCUUCUUUUGCAGGUUAUGGUCAACAAGAUACACAAGAAUUCCUUGCAUUCCUUUUAGAUGGUUUACAUGAGGAUUUGAAUAGAAUUAAAUCAAAACCAUACACAGAAAUACCAGAUUGGGAGGGUGGAACAGAUGCUGAUGUCGCAAAAUUAGCGAAAACUUGUUGGGAUUUAUAUAAACAAAGGAAUGAUUCGAUCAUUGUUGACUUAUUUCAAGGUCAAUUCAAAUCAACCGUUAAUUGUCCAGAAUGUGAUAGAGUUUCAAUAACGUUUGAUCCAUUCAUGUACUUAACUUUACCAUUACCAAUUCAAUCAAAAUGGAAUGGUAGUGUUUAUUAUAUUCCAUAUGAUUAUAAUAAGAAGAGGUUGAGGAUUGAUCUAGAGUUACCUUCAAAUGCCUCGUUCAAGUUAAUGAAAAAUAAAAUUUCACAAAUUGUUGAUACAAACUCUAAUAAUCUUUGGGUUGCAGAGGAAUAUAAGGGAAAUUUAUUCAAAUCAUUUUUAGAUGAUGAAUUAGUUUCUGAGAUGCAGUCAGGGGAUUUAUGCUUUGUAUAUGAGUUACCAAUUCAUAUACCACAAGACAGACAUGAAAAGAUUGAUAGAGUAUUUGAGACUAAUUGGGUUAUGUUUCCAGUUUAUUCAUCUACCUUUAAAGAAUCUAGUUCAUUAAGUGGUGAAGUUUUUGGUAAACCAAUGUUGAUAGCAUUACUCAGAUCUGAUGCCCAAAAUUAUCAGAAGGUUUAUCAAGCAAUUAUUGAAAAAUAUUUACAUUUUACAAAGAAUGAUGAAGCACUUAAAAAGAUCAACAUACACUCGAAGGAUAUUACUUUAAGACAUCUUGAAGCUCCAAGCAAUUCAUAUUAUAGUUAUAGAACAUCAGACGUAAAUACUGGUAGAAGUAACAACAUUGAACGUAACAGUAAGACAGAUCUGAAAUUUAGAGCUAGUAUUGUUGAAAACAUACUCAAAUCGACAUUACUAAAGAAAAACGAAAAAAAUCCUGUUGAGCAUAUUGAAGAUGUUAAUAAAAUUGAUGAUCAAGGUGAUUUAGAAAUGAAGCAAGAUAAUUCAUUACAAGAUCAAUCAAUCGAAAGUUUAUACGAAAACUUGGAGACUGAACGUCAAAAAUCCUUAUCUUUAAUAAAAUUUGGAGAAGCUCUAGUAGUUGAAUGGAAGAAUGAUUUAGCAGAAGAAGUCUUUGGAGAUGAUUUAUCAUCAACAGGGUUAUGGGAACAAUUCGACGUAAUUGAAGAUCCACAAUAUGUUCAAUCAAAGCAAACAAGUAAAAGCCCAAAGAAAGGUAUAACAAUUGAAGAUUGUCUGGAUGAAUUCACAAAAGAGGAGAAAUUAGGUGAAGAAGAUCUUUGGUACUGUUCAAAAUGUCAAAAACACCAACAAGCAACGAAAAAAUUCGAUUUAUGGAAAGUACCUGAUGUUCUGGUCGUACAUCUUAAGAGGUUUGCGAGCUCCAGAUAUAACAGAGAUAAAUUGGAUCAAUUCGUUGAUUUCCCAAUUGAAGAGCUUAAUAUUGAUGAUAGAGUUGGUGAAAAACAAGUUGCAAAUUCAAUAAAGUUAAACGGCGGUAAUCCUGUCGAAGUUGGUAUUGAAAAUAGUGAAGAAGAUGCUAUAUAUGAUCUAUACGCAAUUGAUAAUCAUUAUGGUGGUCUUGGUGGUGGUCAUUAUACAUCUUAUGCACGUAAUAAUGAAUCAGGAGAGUUUUAUCAUUUUGAUGAUUCAUAUGUCUCGAAAGUUAAUGAAGAAAACGUAAAAACUAAAGCGGCCUAUUUAUUAUUCUAUAGAAAGCGUACAACUAGGAGCAUAGGUGGUAAAGCAAGAAUAGAUGCUGAAGAACAAUUAAAAAUUGAUGAUGCUACGUCAUCCACUAUGACAGCUGAUCAAGUAGUUUCCGAAAAUGAAUCAUUAUAA